AUGCCAAAACAGCGAGCUUGCGAUGCCUGCUUCCAGAGAAAGAUUCAGUGCGCAUUACCCGGCCCCGGUUCUCCGUGUAAUUGGUGCAGCCAUCAAAACUUGGAAUGCAAGUUUACCAGACAGCAGCGGGUAAGGACUAAUAUUCGUACUCCCCGUGCCACGGAAAAUGAACGUUUGAAGGAGAGAGUCGCGCAGCUAGAGAACCUGUUGGCGCAGAAAGAUCCUUCGGAGCAUGCCACGUGUGGGCAAACAACAUUAAAUUCCUCUUCCGAAGCAAGCUCACAAGUAGCCACUGCUGAAUGUUAUCCACCCCCAACUCUGACCGACCAGGAUUCACCAAAUGCCUUUGGUAGCUAUAUCGCCUGGUCUACACGGGCUAUUCAAGGCAACUGGUAUCAUCGCGGAACUAGGGUCUUUUCCGAGGACGGGCUGAGUUGGAUGACGUUAAUAACUGGCCAAGAUACCAGAGUAUUAAGAACAUUUCUCUUUCACACCCCCGUCCGAACGACGCUUGUAGGACGUACACCUGCUUCUUCGUUAUUCCCCGAUUUUCCCAGUCGAGAAUGCACCGAAAAAACGCUCCAUAGCUUCCCGCAGUCUCUGUACUGUUUUAUUUUCCCUUGCCUUGACAACGACAGCCUGGCUUUUAUCACCAGUACGGCCUACGAGUCUUCGGAUGAUGGUCGCUCACACGUCGCUUUACCCCUGGCUGCUAGGGCUUUCAUUCUUGCGGCAUUUUGUGUGCUGCAUUAUUUGGAGGUGCCGGCAUCCGCCGGCAUACUACGUGACGCCGAAUCAUACGCAGAACAGGCGGACUUCAUCUUGAACAGACUCGCCGGCUGUACAAACCCUAUAGCUAUUUACGCUGCUUUGUUGCUGACCGAAAGGCUGUUGAGCCUUGCUGAACAAGGCUGUGAUUAUCUAGUCCGAAAGCUGUUCUGGCAGUGCUUCGUUCUGGAUAAAGACUACUCUCUCCUCUCGGGUAGACCUCCCAUCCUCACCAGUAACUUUUGCGACGUGACGGUGCCAGAAUCGCAUAUUGAAACCCAGCUAUUACGCUACGAGCUGGAAGAUGCACUUGGCCUGCUUGCUGUAGAAAAGCUCAUACAUUUCUACACCGGAGACCCUAGGUUGAGUGUAUUGAAAGAAAAGAUUGUUCAACUGCUCUACUCGCCGUCAGCCUUAACAGUUCCAGCACCCGAGCUUGUUUCUAGGAUACGCCUGCUGGAUGACGAGCUCGAGGGCUGGCGACUUACAGUUCCUUUAGAACUUCGGCCAAGCUUGUCGCGUCCGCGUCCGUCCAAUACCAGAUUUGGUACCCGUCUCCGAUCUGUGCAGCUUCAGCUCGACUACCAUUACACCAUUGGCACCAUUCAUACAACUGUUCGAAGACUUGGAGCGAGUCUACAGAGAUAUACGACCAUGCCUCGAGAUAUCCACAGCGUGAUGCACUCAAGUACCGACAUGUCCGUACAGGCUAGCCAUUCGACUUUGAGAAUGUUAGGGGAGCCAAUACUAGCAGGUACAUUUUCUCGAAAGCCUUGGCACGCUGCAUUUCAUGUCAUUCUCGCUAGUCCACCGCUUUUUGUCAACAUUCUCCUACACCCUCUUGAGGAACAGGCGCGAAAGGACAUGGAGGCGCUCAGUCUGGCCUUAGAUGUGUUGAGCGACAUGGCCAGUCAAUGCAAUGGGUGCGUUGAGACAGAACUGUAUAAACAGGGGAGAGCUUUUCUUACAGUGCUCAUCAAACUAGCUGGCUUUGCUGUUGCAAAGGCACGAGAAGAAUCGCAGCCGUGA